AUGGCCAAGACCAAGACGAAGCCCGCCACCAAGGCCGGCAAGGAGAACAUCAAGGUGACGCAGGGCGCCGUCAAGAAGGAGACUGCACGCAAGGCGGCCCCCAAGCCCGCUGCUAGCGAGUCAGAGGAGAGCAGCGAGGAGGAUGACUCUUCCGACGAGGACGUGCCCAUGAAGGCCGCUCCUCAGAAGGAGGCAAGCGACGACAGCGACUCAGAUGACAGCAGCGAGAGCGACGACUCGUCUGAGGAGGAGGAGGCCCCCAAGAAGAAGCCAGCCGCCGCUGCUGCCAACGGGGCCGCCAAGACGAAGGCUGCUGAGUCGUCCGACGAGGACAGCGAUGACGAUGAGGACGACAGCGACAGCAGCGAGGAGGAGGAGGCGCCCGCCGCUAAGAAGGGCGCUGCCGCGCCGGCCGCUGCCAAGAAAGCAGAGAGCAGCGACGACGAGGACAGCAGCGACGACGAGGAGGACAGCGACGAGGACAGUGACGAGGAGGAGGAAGAGAAGGAGGAGGCACCCAAGCGCAAGGAGAAGCCCGCCGCGGCCAAGGAGGAGCCCGCUGCCAAGAAGCAGCGCGUGGAGGUCAACGGCGGCGGCGACGCCGAGCCUGCGUCCGCCACCGUGUUUGUGGGCAACCUGCCGUGGAGCGCGACCGAGGAGGAGCUGCGGGAGUUUUUCGCAGAGUGCGGCGAGAUCAACAGCGUCCGCAUAGCCACCGACGCCGAGACCGGCCGCGCACGCGGCUUCUGCCACAUCGAGUUCUCCACCCCCGAGGCCGCCGCCAAGGCGCAGGCCGAAUACAACGGCCAGGACUAUGGCGGCCGCGCCAUCAAGGUCGACGUGUCGGUCGGCCGCGGCGGCCAGCAGCGCAAGAGCUUUGGCGGCGAGGGCGCGGAGGACGGCACAACCGUGUUUGUCAAGGGCUUCGACACGUCUGAGGGCGAGGACGCGGUGCGCGCGGCGCUCGAGGAGACGUUCGGCUCCUGA